CUCAUCAAAUUUUUUAUGAUGAGGAUCUACCGUUGGAUCAGGGAGCAUAGAAGAAUUUGCCUAUUCCAUUAUUAUCACCCUCGCUAUCUUCUCUAUAUAAAACGCAAAUAAUACUAUCUCAUGAUCGCUAGGUACUCACCAAUAAUGGAUGUUGUUGAUUUCCCAUCUCUCCUUCUGACCAUCUUGUUUACCCUUUUGGUUGUCAAGUUAGGAAUAAAACUGAGAACCAACAAGAACUCCGGGUGUAAUCUUCCUCCAGGGCCAUGGAAAUUACCACUCAUCGGAAACUUAUAUCACAUCAUCGGCUCCCGGCCGCCUCACCAAGCCUUGGCCGAGUUGGCCAAGAAAUACGGCCCAGUCAUGCACUUCCAAAUGGGUGAAGUUCCCACCAUUCUGGUUUCCUCCCCGGAGACCGCGAAAGAAAUAUUGCAAACUCAUGACAUCAACUUUGCCUCCAGGCCACUUAACAGUGUGUCCGAGGUAAUGACUCGGAAAGCACCAAACAUUAUUUUCUCUCCCUACGGAGAGAUGUGGAGGCAACUCCGCAAAAUCUGCGUGCUCGAGCUCUUAAGCAUCCGUAGGGUGAGGUCGUUUCGGUUCAUCAGGGAGGAAGAAACCUCGAAUCUGAUGAGACGGAUGGCGGAAGGCGGUUCUUCUUCUUUGCCGGUAAACCUUACCGCGGACGUGGCUUCGUCCGUUUACAGCACCACCGCCAGGGUGGCUUUUGGGAAGAAAAGUCCUGAACAAGAAGCGUUCAUAUCCAAAAUCCAGGAGAUCGCCGUGUUGGCCGCCGGGUUUAACGUAGCCGAUAUGUUUCCUUCGUUCAAGUUUGUUUGCGUGGUUACUGGGAUGAAGGCUAGGUUGGAGGGGAUUCAUAAGAAGAUAGACAGCAUCCUCACUACCAUCAUCAAAGAGCACAAGGAGGCUGCAGCUGGAGAUAAUAAUCCUGAAAAAAAUGCCCAAAAGGAUCUCGUCGAUGUUCUGUUGGAGUACGAGGAAGCCGAGAAUCAUGAAUUUUCUCUCACCCUUGAUAGCAUUAAGACAGUGCUUUUGGAUGUUUACUUUGCCGGGACGGACUCGUCGGUCGCUACGAUAGAUUGGGCGAUGUCAGAGAUGAUGAAGAAUCCAAGAAUCAUGGAAAAGGCACAGGAGGAAGUAAGACAAGUUUUUAAAGACAAAGGAGAAGUCGAUGAGGAGAGUUUCGAUAAACUAAAAUACCUAAAAUCAAUCAUAAGAGAGACACUGAGGUUACAUCCAGCAGGUCCUCUAAUCAUCAGACAGAGCAACGAGCAAUGUAAAAUCGGCAGUUAUGAAAUACCUGCCAAGUCCAAAGUGUUCGUGAAUGUCUGGGCCAUCAAUAGAGACCCUUUGUAUUGGAAAGAUGCGGAUACAUUUUAUCCUGAGAGAUUCCUUCUUGAUUGCUCAUCAGUUGAUUAUUACAAAGGGGCGAGUUUCGAAUAUAUACCAUUUGGUGCUGGAAGAAGAAUUUGUGCCGGUGUUCAAUUCGGAAUUGCAAAUGUUGAACUUCAUUUGGCAAAGUUGUUAUAUCAUUUUGAUUGGUAUCUACCAAACGGAAUAAAACCAGAAGAGUUAGAUAUGACGGAAGCCGCUGGACUUGUUGUGAAAAGAAAGCAUAAUCUUCAUUUGAUUCCUGUCCUCAGAAAUCCUUUGCUGUAAAUUGAAUAAUUUUGAAUAAUAUUACCUAUGUUCUAAAAGAUAAUUCGUAUUGAGUUUUCAUAUUUGUACUAAUAUGAAAAGUGAAUGUGAACUAUUUUUUGGGAACAGAAGGAGUAAUAGUAUUUUCUCUCUAAAAAUAAUUCUUUUAUUCCUCUCGCAUGUAAAAGUUGAACAAACU